AUGCCUAAAGAACAAAAGGAUUUCUUCGGAACGUUAAGGCAAUAUCAACCAGGUGACCAAAACCUACUACUAGCAGGGGAUUUUAACUGCAUAGAAAAUCUAGAUCUGGACAAACACGGGGGAAACCCAAAUAGUGGGAAUAUUGGAAUCGAAGAACUAGAAAACUUCAUUAAGGAUAAUAACUUAGUAGAUACAUGGCGAGAUACGCACGAACAGGACGGAAUAUUCACAUGGAGUAACAAGGAUUUCUCGAUACAGACGCGCCUGGAUCAGUGGUACACACCGAAAAAUCUUCUGGCUGCCUCCAGUGUCCGGGCGUGUCCUUAUUCGGACCACUCGCUAGAUGAAAUAGUAGUCACCCCAAACAAAGGAGCGAGGGGCAAAGGCACUUGGAAAAUGAACGUCAGCAUCUUAAAAGACAAAAGCUUCCAGAGAGACAUUCAAGCCUUCCACCAGUUCUGGAGAGGUGAAAAAGAUAAAUUCCCAAGCAUACUUGAGUGGUGGGACGCAGCAAAAAUCCAUUACAAAGGAAUUGCGGUAAAGCAUGCGGUAAGAAAAAGCAGAACCCAACAGAAAAAAGAAGACAUCAAUUGA